AAGCGCAUUGUCCGUCCUGGCUUCCGUAGUCACCCAGGGCUUUUGGCGCCUGCCCUGCAGUACUGCAGACAAGAGAUAAAGCGAAGGCUGACCGCGUGGUAAGGAGGCAUAGCCGAGCAAUUCCUGUUGGUUUUAGGUGCACAACAUGGGAAAGAAGCAGAAUACCAAGGGCAAGAAGGAUUCACAAGAGAUGCAGGAAGAACCUGAGGAAUUUGUUGUGGAAAAGGUCCUUGACCAGCGAAUUGUCAAUGGGAAAGUAGAAUUCUUCCUGAAGUGGAAAGGAUUCACAGAUGCUGACAAUACUUGGGAACCAGAGGAGAACCUGGAUUGCCCAGAGCUGAUUUCCGGGUUUUUGGAAGCACAGAAGAACGUUAAAGAGAAGCCUGCUCCUGUUAAGAGAAAGGCAUCAACAGAUGAGCCAGAGACGGAAGCAAAGAAGAAAGAUGUGGCUGAGAAACCACGUGGCUUUGCUAGGAACCUCGACCCAGAACGGAUCAUUGGUGCAACAGACAGUAGCGGGGAGUUGAUGUUCUUGAUGAAAUGGAAAGACUCAGAUGAAGCAGAUUUGGUCCCUGCUCGUGAGGCCAACACUCGCUGCCCUCAGGUGGUCAUUUCCUUCUAUGAGGAGAGACUGACAUGGCAUUCCUGUCCAGAGGAUGAAGCUCAGUAGUACUUCCCUCUGGUUGCUGCAGUCCUUUGCACCACCUAUGCCCUUUUCCUCAGGACUGAAUUUUCUCCUCUGGCUUGCCUUCUAGUUUUAGCUAUCUUAGUUCUUUUUGGAGAUGUUUCAACCCUCACAUUGUGUGGCAGUCAAGGAGAGCUAUGUUGUUGUACAUAUUAGCUGAACUGAUUGUAAGGGAGUUGGUGAUGGUGUUGUGCUGUAUAAUGAAGUCUUCCGUUAUCAUAUUAUGAUUUAUGUGAUGGCAGUUUAGGAACUAUACUCUUUGAUAGAACCCAACACCCACCCAAAUUCAUUCCUGGUCAAAUUUUGUAAAUUCUAAAUGGCUACUUUGGUCUGUCAAGCUGUUGACCACUUCUUGUAUCACCAUCUCAAUCUCAUGUAAGAUGCUGAUUUUUGUUUUUUGUUUUUUUCCACACUAGUGCUAAUGUUUUGUUCUAAAAGUGCAUUUUGUAUACUCUUACUGUAAAUAUUAAUUUGAAGUUCUAAUAAAGGUUUUAUGUGACCAAA